AUGGGAGCGAAAAAGAAGCUUCUACAAAUCAAGGAGGCCUUUCAGCUGGCGCAGAAGCCUCACCAGAACCAGGCGAAACUUGUCGUGGCUUUGAAGAGCACCUACAAUCAGUUGGAAGAUAAGGAAGACUUUCAUGAAAAAUUUAUUCAUUUUCUCAAGUAUGCUAUGAUAAUCUACAGACGCGAACCAGCAGUGGAACAAGUGAUCAAUUUUGUGGCUAAAUUUGUUACUUCGUUUUAUCAAAUGGAGCAAGGGGAUGGCAGUGAGGCAGGAGACGAUGAUACUUUUCUUCUGAAUUACGUGUUUAACUUUCUGCUUGAGUCUCACAAUGCGAACAGCCAUGCAGUUAGGUUUCGAACAUGCCAACUUGUUAAUAAGAUUUUGGGAAACAUGCCAGAGAAUGCCCAGAUUGAUGAUGAAUUAUUUGAUAAAAUUAAUGAAGCUAUGCUGAUUAGACUUAAAGAUAAAUUUUCGAAUGUGAGAAUUCAAGCUGUCUUGGCCCUGUCGAGACUUCAAGAUCCUAAGGAUGAAAACUGUCCUGUUGUUAAUAUUUACAACAAUUUGCUUGAAAAUGAUUCAAAUUCAGAAGUGAGGCGUGCAGUUCUGUCAUGUAUUGCUCCAUCAGCAAGGACUUUGCCAAAAAUUGUAGGCCGCACUAUGGAUGUAAAGGAAGCUGUCAGGAAGCUGGCAUAUGAGGUUUUGGCAGAGAAAGUUCACAUGAGAGCUCUUUCAAUAGCGCAGAGAGUAAAAUUGUUGCAACAAGGACUUAAUGACAGAUCUGAUGCUGUUAAGGAGGUAAUGAAGAAGAAGCUGCUUCAAGCCUGGUUACGAUUGACCGAAGGGGAUGUUUUGGAAUUCCUUCAUCGACUGGAUGUGGAAAACUGCCCAGAAGUGGCCAUCCUAGUACUAAAUGCUAUAUUUUCAUUAUCUCCACUUUAUGACUUUGUUCAGAACUGUAAACACCUUGACUGCAGAAAACUGAUUCCACUGGAGGAUUUAACAGCUGAGAAUGUGUUAUAUUGGAGAUGUCUUUGUGAAUAUCUGAAAUCAAAAGGUGAAGAAGGUGAAGAUUUACUAGAGCAGAUGUUACCAGAACCUGCUAUAUAUGCAGAUUAUUUACUAAGUUACUUUCAAAAUAUGCCAAUUCUUAGUGAGGAACAAAGAGAAGACUUUGCUUGUUUUGAAAACCUGAUGACAAAAGAAUUUAUAGGCCAGCAACUGAUCCUUAUCAUAGGCUGCAUGGACACCAUGGAAGAGGGAGGAAGAAAGCAUCUGUUAGCUACUUUACAAAAGAUUCUCAUACUACCUGCAACUUCAACAGCCCUUAUAUCUCCGCUUAUGGAAAGAUUACUCAGUAUCAUUACAGAUGAUGACAAAAGAAUUCAAAUUAUUGCAGAAAUUAUAUCGGAAGUUCGUGAGCCAAUUGUUACAGUCGACCAGCCUGUUGAUGCGGCUGAAAUAAGAAAGCAGGAGCUUAAGUUGGCUGAAAUAAAAGUGAAACUUUUUGAAGCAAAAGCUGCUUUGGAAGAAUGCAUUACUUUGCAGGAUUUUAAUAAAGCAUCAGUAUUAAAAGAGAAAAUAAUUGAGUUGGAACACAGUAAAAAUGAUCUGAUUAAAGAAGCAGAGCAACCUGAAAUUAAAGAAAUGCGUGUGGAAAAGAAUGAUCCUGAAACACUGUUGAAGUGUCUGACGAUGUGUUAUGAGCUUCUGAAGAUCAUGUCCCUUUCUAAAGGAAUUGAUCCAACCAUUAACGAAAUCAUUGAAUCUCUGAUACUGCCUGGCGUAACUAAUGUCCAUCCAGCUGUGAGAAAUAUGGCAGUUCUGUGUUUGGGUUGCUGUGCCCUUCAGAACAAAGAAUUUGCCCGACAACAGCUGGCAUUGCUUUUACAGGUUUUGCAAAUAGAUAAUAUAAAGGUAAAGCUCAGUGCUUUAAAGGGAAUCUUUGAUCAGCUAAUGCUGUUUGGGAUUGAGCCAUUUAAAGCCAGAAGAGGCAAUGACUCUCAAAGAGAAGAUGCACACAGUAGAACUGAAAAUUGUGAGGAAGAAAGUGAAACCAUUGAGGAGGAAGAGGAGGCUGCUACAGUUCACAGCCUCCUGCAGCUUCUUUCUGGUUUCUUAGACAGUGAGUUUUCAGAACUUAGGACAGAAGCUGCAGAAGGCAUAGCCAAACUGAUGUUCUCUGGGAGGCUGAUUAGUGCCAAGCUUCUUUCUCGUCUUAUUUUGUUGUGGUAUAAUCCUGUGACUGAAGAGGACACUCGGCUUAGACACUGCCUAGGAGUCUUCUUCCCUUUAUUUGCUUAUGCAAAUAGGUCUAACCAGGAAUGCUUCGAAGAAGCUUAUCUUCCAACUCUGCAAACACUGUUAAAUGCUCCUGCAACUUCGCCCUUGGCUGAAAUAGAUAUUAGUAAUGUUUCUGAACUGUUAGUGGACCUGACCAGACCAAGUGCACUGAAACCUCAGUCUAAAAAUUCUCAGGACUAUCAGGACUUAACAGUGCAUGAUAGUUUAGCCAUGAAAAUUUGCAAUGAAAUCUUGAUGGACCCAACUGCACCAGAUGUUCGUAUUUAUGCAAAAGCUUUAAAUGCACUAGAGCUCAGUUCCUCUUCCACAGAGAAUCUUCUGGUUCUGCUCGAUGAGAUUUUAGAGAAAGUGAAAGAUAAACUGUGUCAAAGAGCUAUUGAGAAGAUCAAGAUGAACUUAACCAAAGGUCCUAAUGUGGGCAGAGACCGCUCUGAAAGGACUGAGGAAACAGGCCUCUCUGAAAGGACACAGGAAACUGACAUCACAUUAUCUGAAAAUAAUAUUCAAAAUGAAGAAGGUAAUUCAGGAGAGGUGUAG